AAAGUUGAACAUAUUUUGGAAGAUGUAACUAUGAAACCGACAUCUAACUAAACAUACAAGGUUUAAAAGUUUUGGCUGUUUGUUUCCUUCUUGAAACUGAAUAUUCCUUUGCCCGUGAAUGUCUUUGUGUUCAUAAGGGAACAGUCCUUCCUGUAGACCAGCAUAUUAAUGUAACAGAACUACCUGGAGGGACAUGUGUAGAAAUCUUGAGGGAACAUGUCCAUUUCAAGAAUGCAAACUGGACACAUAUAAUGUAUCAAGGUCAUCAUGCAUUUGUAGAAAAAGUUACAACAGCGUUCGAUAAAGUUAAAUGUGAUGAUAAAAAUGUUCCAAUCACAACAACGAUUGCAUCAACAACAAGACAAACAACACUGUCACAAUCAACAACUCAACCCUCAACGCCAGUGCACCAUACAACGGCAAUACCUGUAACGGCAACACUUCAGCACGGCACAACAGGACCACCAGCUCCCUAUUGCCCUCCUACUACUGGAAAACCGUCGCAUAAUAAUGUAAAUUGUACUGGUGUUAGAUUUUUAACAAGGAGUAAUUGGGGAGCCUCUUCGCAGUAUGAAAGAAUAAACGACUUAACCAGACAGUUCUCAUGUAGUGUAGAUUUUGUUGUAGUUCAUCACACUUUAGGGGAUCGAUGUGUAACCCUAGCUGAUUGUGAACAAAGGAUUAGAACAGAUAUUCAAAACUGGAAACAUAGACAAUUUAACUUUGCCAUCGGUGGUGAUGGAACAAUCUACGAAUUAAAUGGUUUUAAUAGUGUUGCAAAACAUGCCAAUUCCUUUGACAACAUAUCAUUAGGAAUUGCUUUUAUCGGUGAUUUUUCAUCAGUUCCACCUUCUCAGGCCGCCAUUGAUUCACUCAAGAAGUUUUUGGCAUGUGCAGUACAUGAGCAAUUGUUAGCAGCUUAUUACGUUUUACGGACUGAGCGUGAUGUUAUCGGAACAGGGUUUGGCGAUUCAUUGUAUAGUCAAAUCGAACAACUUCCACAUUACUAAAUAAAAUUAUCUGCGAUACCACUGAUUUCAACCAGAGACAUAUGAUGCAUCAAUUCGUUUAUAUAACUUCACAGCUGUUUUUUCAUUAAUUUUGUAUUGUCAUUGACCUUAUGAUCAUCUAUUAACAAAAGGCCAUUUGGGUACAUUUUUAUAAGGAAGCAACCCACUAAAGCCAAUACAUAAUUGAGGUUAUAUUAUGAUUAUAAGAGACAGUUUAGCAUCCAUACCAUAUAACAAGUCUUUAACACACUGAAACAUAUCUAUAAAAUAAUUUGUUAAGUUGUUCAGUGUUCAAAGCCGAUAGAAGGUAUAUUUGUUAAGAGUCAAAAUAUAAAAAGGAUAUGAACUUCAAAAGGAAAUAUGCAAUUUCGGCAACAGACUAUGGAAGAGCUGUCAUAAAUAAAUAACUUCUUAUAUAUCGAUAUAAAGAAACAGACAACCCUUAAAGACAUACCUGACUAAGGACGGGGACUUUAACAUUUGACGAUUCGUAAAAUCUAAAAAUGGACACUCUAUGGUUGGUGUCCAUCAUAUUUUUUGGUUAACCUUUAUUGUUUUCCGUUUAGUGUUAUUAGAUUUAAUCAGGCUGUUGGUUUUCUCUUUUGAAUUGUUUCACACUUUGUUAUUGCAGGGUCUUGAAAUUGUAGCUUGUUGUACGUAUGGGUUUUGUUCAUUGCUGUAGGUCUUACGC